GGAGCGGCGGUGCCACUACGACUCCUCCCUUCUCUCCCGUCUUAGGCUCGUUCUCCCUCAAGUCAGUCUCUUCCUGUGGGCGGCGAGAGAGAGAGAGAGAGAGGGAGAGAGAGAAUUGGGCCUUGGAAACCCUAAAAGCCUCUUCACGCUUUUACCUCUUUGCUUAACGAUCCCUAGCUAUAUGUGGAAUAUAAUGUUGUGGCACGGAUGCCUGACUUUUGCAAUUUCUUCCUAGCUUUCUGCUACCAAUGUACCAGUGUGAUCCGUGGAUCCCGGGAUGAGUCUGUUCAUGUAGUUAUGUUGGCUACUUGCAGAUACAAUGGCAAAAGAGUAUGUUAAAUCCUGAAACUUCUACCAAGUGGCAGACAUCACUUGCGUCUACUGUCUUGAUAAGUCAGACGAGGAUAGCUGGUAAGCUGUGCUGAAAUGAAGACCUCACAGGUGAAGAUUUUAUCACAAUUCUAAGUCUUGCCGAAUGUUUCAUUUAAUUGCAUAAAUUAUGUUGCUCCCUUUUAAUUUAUUUUUAUCUAUACUAAUGACAAUGAUCCUGUGGUGUUCUCAAAAUCUGUACUUGACAAAAUUAUGAUUACCUCCCUCAAGUUUCUUCUUUUUUAAUUGAAUGGUUGAAGAAGCACCUGACAGAGAUAUGAACUUGAACCCUCUUGUUGAGGGGAGAAGUAUGAAGUACCAGGCCAAGACCUGGUUGUUCACAUCGAUGUGAUAAAUUAUCUCUUAUUCCAAAGUUGAAGGUUUAUUGAAAGAUGCACCAAUUGAUCUCUUUAUGUAUCAGAAAACUUUAAAGAAAAAGAUAAAUUUCCAUCAGAAUCACGAGUAUAUCAAGUUCUAAAGCUGUCUGAAUCAUUCAUAUUUCACUUGUACGGUAGAACCCUGGAACUUCAACAAAAUCUGGCAUCUAAAUUUGCAGCAUGUAAUAACUUUUUCGAGUCAAGUCACAAUCCAUUUUAAAUAUUGUUAAUGUAUAACCUACCCUCGAUGAGCCUUCCUGAUCAGGGCUGCUCUCCGUCCUAGGACAAUUUGACCAGCUCCUGUAAUUGGCCGAAAGGACUUUUUCUAAUCUCAGCACAGGUGGUUCAUGGUUAGACCAUUCUGUAACAAACCUUCAAUAACCUUAAUUCCAUAUGUUGUUUAUCCCUUACUUUCGAAGGUCAAUGUUUUGGCUUAAGCUGAUGAUCAUAGGCACAUGCCAACCGCCAAGCAUUGAUGUUGGGUCAUGCUAAGAAGGUAUUGCCAGGAGAAAGAAAAGGGCAAGACCUUGAAGAAAAUAUGGCGAUAAUUACCAUAGUCAUUGACUUCAUAGAUUAAUACUUCUGGUUACUUUGUAGGAAUACAACGGGUUAGUUUGAUUUUAUAACCUAACAAGGGGAAUUGUGAUUGCUCAGUUUUUGCCCUUGUUCCACAUACAUUGCUAAAGCUUUGAGAUUCAUGUUAUUGUCAAAGAAUCUUGGUUAAUUGCUUAUAUUAACUUUUAUAGAAUCUGCCACAGUAACCAGCUGGUUAUUUCAUUGUUUGACAUAUGUUUCUUAAGGAAGGGAAUUUUACACAGGAUCCUCAGUGUACAACAGAAGUACAACCAUCAUCAGAAGCUUCACAUGUUUUUCAAGGCGACCAUCAAAAUUCCCCGGUUGUUGAAACUCCUAAGGUAGAUUCAGGUUCGGUGUCCAUUGCAAGCAGUAAUUCUAGGAAGGUUUCUCGUGACGACAUUGAACUUGUGCAGAACUUGAUAGAACGAUGUCUACAAUUGUAUAUGAAUAGAGGGGAGGUGGUUCAGACUCUCUCUAACCGUGCUAGGAUAGAACCUGGUUUCACAACACUAGUAUGGCAGAAACUGGAAGAAGAAAACUCGGAAUUUUUUAGAGCUUAUUAUAUAAGGUUGAAACUGAAGAAACAGAUCAUUUUGUUCAAUCAUUUGCUGGAGCACCAGUACCAUCUGAUGAAGUAUCCCAUCCAGCCUAAGGUUCCAUUGCCUCCAAUUCAAAAUGGGAUUCACCCUGUGCCUGUUAGUUUGCCCAUGGGGUAUCCGAUUCUUCCACAGCACCUAAUGCCCGCUACAGGUCAGCCUCAUGUUGACCCCAUGAGUUGUGGACUCUCCAGCUGUCAUGUGGUCAAUGGUAUUCCUGCUCCAGGCAGCUUUCAUCCCAUUCGCAUGAAUUCUGGAACCAAUGGCACAACUGAAGCAGCUCAUACAGCCCCUCCAGCCAUUUCAUCUAUGUCAGAGAUGGCUGUGAGUCCUGCUUCGGCGGCGUCAAGCAAUCAUUUUCCUUUUACUUCUGAGAUAUCUGGGAUAGGUUUGGAUGUGACAGCGCUUGAUACAACCUUCCCACCUGAUGUGGUGAAUUCGGGACUGCAAUUAGGUUCUGAUUGUGUGGGAUCAUCAAGAGACUCAAUCAGAUCAUCAGGACAGCUUUGGAAUUUCAGUCUUUCAGACCUAACAGCAGAUUUAACAAAUUUAGGAGAUCUUGGAGUUCUAGGAGACUACGAUGGUUCUCCUUUCUUGCCAUCAGACUCGGAUAUUUUGCUCGACUCCCCAGAACCGGACGAUAUAGUUGAAGAAUACUUUGCCGAUGUUGCCACUGGAUCAUGCCCUCAUCAAUCAGAUGAAGAGAAAUCUUAGAGACACGAGCGAAGCCAAAUUUUUGCAUCUGCACUCCAUUGGUAGACUGUACGAGCAAUAUGCUGCCUCUCCAAAUAUCACAAGUUAAUAAAGCUGUUGUGUCAUUUACAGCAGUCAGAGAUGUGAGUAGCUGAUGAGGGCUGGUCCCAUUUACUGCUGAUUGAAAUUGAAGACAGAAUAUUAUUCAUAUUUGGUAGAUUGUUUAUGCUACAACAUUAAAGAAAAACAAAACUGCAGUGUGAGGGGCAGUUUUGUUGCCAGCUUUA